AUGACAGCCGGCAUCUCUUCAGCUUUGCAGGCUGUCAAGUCUUCUUUGCCAGAUUGGGCUGCUCCCCAUUUCGCAACUGUGCUGGCCCUGACCUCCAAAACGGCCAGUCAUCUGCGUCAAUAUGUCCUCGUGUACGUCGUCUUGCUCGUCUCGGUAAUCUUCUACUUUGUAUACAGAUGGUGCCUGUAUGCGCGCUUCUUUAGCCCUCUCCGACACAUGCCAGGCCCAGAGUACGGUCAUUGGUUCUUUGGACAGACGAUGACCAUCAUCAGAGAAGAGACUGGCGUGCCUCAAAGAAGCUGGCACAUGAAGUACGGACCGCGCAUUCGAUUCAGCGGCCUAAUGGGAGCUGAACGCGUCUCCUUCACCAACUACAAUGCUCUCAGACAGUUGCUCAUCGAAGAUCCCUACAACUACACCAAACCCAGCUUCGUCAGAUCGCUCCUUGGUAUCGUAGCUGGCUAUGGCCUGCUCACGCUGGAGGACAGAGAGCACGUAGACAUGAGAAGGUUCAUGAAUGGCGCCUUCGCCUUCAAAUGGGUCGAAGCGCAGUUCGAAGCUUACUACAAGCACAUCAACGGCCUGGUCGACAUCCUCAAGGAGAAGAUUGACGAGGCGGAGAGGUCAAGAGGAGAAGGAGAGGGAGUGGUGAUGGAGGUGACUCAAAGCAUCAACAAUUGUCUGCUCGACAUUAUCUGCGACACUGCUUUCGGCUAUCAGACGGACCACCUGCACAAUCCAGAGGAACCGCUUGGCAAAUCCUUCGAGACGCUCGUCAAUAUGCAAGGAGGAGCGAAUAUGGCGGUCAUCAUACUGUUCCUGACCCUGCCUGGCGGACCAAAGAUUGCCAAGUGGGCUACGGAACAGACCUGGACCGGUCCACUGUUGCAGCGCAUCGCCGACCUCUUCCCCUUCGGCAUCGGGGCGUUGAGUCGCGUGGCCACUUUUUGCACGAACCUCUCCCGCAUCAAGCAGAUCAGCCAAGAAAUGCUAGAUCAAAAGCUGGCCGAAGCCAAAGCUCUGCGAAAAGCUGGAGGCAACGAGUUCGAAGCUAGCGGAGGAAAGGUCGACGUCUUCAGCUUGUUGGUCAAGGCCUCUCUGGACGAAAAAUCGAGCUACCGCAUGAACGCAGAGAUGAUCCAGAACCAAGUGCUGACAUUUUUGGGUGCAGGACAUGAGACUACCGCUUCAGGAGCGGCCUGGGCGCUUUGGGAACUUGCGCAGAAUCAAAGGGUGCAGAAUAAGCUUAGACUGGAGUGUCAAGAACUCAUUUCUCGUCGUGCAAAUCCCGAGUAUCAGGACAUCAAGCACCUCAAGUACCUCAACCAUGUGGUCCAAGAAGUCAUGCGACUUCGACCGCCCGUACCUCACACGGCUCGACAAGCUCGCAAGACCUCGACCAUCGAUGGCGUUCUCAUUCCCAAGGGUACGCUCAUCUACAUUCCCAAUUGGGUGUGCAACACGGACCCAGAGGUGUGGGGUCAAGACGCGCUGGAAUUCAGACCUGAACGCUUCGACGAGCUGAGCGAAAAGUACAACAAGACGUUUAGCAUCUUGACCUUUAUCGCUGGCGCUCAUCAUUGCAUUGGUCGAGUCACGGCGGAGAAUGAGCUCAAGGCUUUGCUGUGCACUCUGAUUGCCAAUUUCGAAUUUCACAAAAAGGAUCCAGAACAGACUGUCAAAAGGACUUCGGCCAUCACGAUGAAACCGCAAGGCGGACUGGAACUCUUGGUCAAGCGGGCCGGACCCGCUCGAGCAGCCUAA